CAUUGUAUAAGGUACACAGCUUCUUCUCCCGUUCUGAUAAUUGUAUCCUAAAUCACACUGAAUCUUGGAUUCAAAGACUUCAGGGAUGGAAAGUUUCUUCAAGAUGAUUCUUUUGCUUUUUUGCUUUAUCUUGAUAGUGAGGGUUACAGAGCUCCAUGCUGCCAGAGAUGAAUGCCAACCCACAAAGUGCAAUCACGUUACCAUCCGAUUCCCAUUCCGACUUAAGGGGCAGCAACAACCGGAAAACUGCAGCUAUCCUGGAUUCGAACUAUCCUGCAUAGACAAAAAGCAAACUGUGCUAGAGCUGUCGCGAAACGUGAAGUUUUUCGUAAAGCGUAUAGAUUACAGAGCGCAGUGGAUUCAGUUAUACGAUCCCCAGGGAUGCCUCGCGCGGCAGCUUCCCAAUAAUUUAUCUGCAUCUCCCUUCCAGGAGGACAACAGACACACAAUCGGCCUUAACAUCAAUAUUCCUCAAGAAUACACAAUUUUCAAUUGUUCUGGCGAAGGACAAAUGCCAGAUAGAGAUGAAUAUCACACAAUUCCUUGCUUAAGCAACCCCGGAUUCCAAGUUCUAGCUUUUCCUUCUGAUUAUGGUGCUGUUAGUUUGUUAAAUUGCACCAGAACGUUAUUAAACAUUUCAGUAACACAAACGUUUGAAGAUAUGUUGUAUGACCAGACAAGGGAUGUUCAUCUGGGUUGGGACAAACCAGACUGCAGGGGAUGUGAAGUGGAAGGCAGGAAAUGCAGACUAAAGAAAAAUAAUAGUAUUACAGAGGAUGAGACAGAGUGUUAUGAUAAAUCCAAGAAACAAAGAGGUAUGGGUUUAAGCUUUAACAAUUCCAAAUGUUAUGAAUGCCAUCGAUGCUCUCUGAGUUCAUUUGUCUUCCUUUAAUUUUCUAGCAGUUAGUUGUUCUGUUGCUUUAAAUGUUUUUUCUUUUGAUUCUGAGACAAACACCUAGUUUAAAAUUUUACAUCCCUGGCCAUUGGGCAAAACUCUGAUACCUCUGUUUUGUCAUAUCAGAUUGUAAUAGAUUUGUAGAACAUAUCAAGAAUCUAACUUUUGAAUCUUUUACAGAUAGACCGAAACAACUGAUGGCUACAGGAAUAAUCCUAGG